ACAGAAAUGUAUCCAUCGCACCGAAUUCCGCCCAUACCUGAAACGAUAUGGGAAGCAGUCCGUGACGUAUUAGUAUUUCUAGCCUGGUCCGUGUGGUAUAUUUGCGAAUCGUUGUUUUUGACCAUUUUACCAGAUAGCCUGAGACCAGGAGUCAAUUUAAAAGACAAAGUCGUACUCAUCACAGGUGGUAGUGGCGGAGUUGGCAGACAGCUCGCCAAGGAGUUUGCCAAGAAAGGCUCUAAAGUCGUCUUGUGGGAUAUAAACAAGACAGGAUUAGAAGAGACCGUUGAAUCUUUGGCACAUGAAGGAUACAAAGUGCAAACUAACGUUUGCGAUGUUACUGAUCGAGAAGCAGUAUAUCGUGAAGCGGAGCGUUUGCUAAACGCGCCUGAUGGACGAUUGGACAUACUAGUCAACAAUGCGGCCAUAGUCACUUGCCGGCCGCUACUCGAAAUCCCAGACUCUGCUAUUGAAAGAACCUACGAUGUCAAUAUUUUAUCUAAUUACUGGACGGUGAAAGCAUUCCUGCCAGGAAUGAUAACGCGCGGAUCCGGCCACGUGGUGACCGUCGGCUCGUUGACGGGUCUUCUGGGAACAUAUGGAUGCACAGACUACAGUGCAACUAAAUUCGCGGCCGUCGGCUUUCACGAGAGCUUGUACACAGAGCUCAAGACGCAUGGUCAUGAUGAUAUCAGUUGCACCCUAGUAUGCCCAUAUUACAUAGAUACAGGAAUGUUUGCCGGUGUGCAACCACGCUACAGGCCAAUGCUGAAACCAGAAUAUGUGGCCCAGCGCAUUGUGAGGGCCGUGAAGUACCGUGAAGUCAACUGCACGCUACCAUCUAUCGUUCGCACGCUCUUGCCCCUCAAAUGCCUUCUACCUGCCAAAAUGUGCUGGUCACUUAUGAUAAACAUAAUGCAAGUACCGCAAUCAAUGAUGAAGUUUGAAGGGCGUUCGAGCGAUAGGAAGGUGACAGCGGCCCAAGGAUAA